AUGCUGGUAAAACCUGUUGCGAUUGCGUUGAAUCCGACUGACUGGAAGCAUAUUGACGCGGGAGUGGUGGGAGCCGUCGUGGGCUGCGACUAUUCAGGCAUCGUGGAGACCAUAGGCAAGGGAGUCAGGAAGAAGUUCAAGAAGGGCGAUCGGGUCUACGGUGUCGUCCAUGGCUGCAACAGACAAGAACCAGACGACGGGGCGUUUGGCAACUACAUCCUUGUCAAAGCAGACGUUCAGUCGCAUAUUCCAGACAACCUAUCCUUCGAGGAGGCCGCCACACUCGGGGUGGGCAUCAUAACCGUGUGUCAAGGGUUGUAUCUUGGUCUCGGAUUGGAUCUGCCCACCUCCCCCAGCUUCAAGAGGACGCCGGUGCUGAUAUACGGCGGCAGCACGGCGACUGGCUCGUUGGGCAUCCAAUUUGCAAAACAGUACGUUUUUCCAAAAAAAGAAUACACAGAAAACGAGAGUAGCGGUUUGAAUAUACCCACGGAACGUGAAAUGUCCAACCAGAAUCCGAAAAAGCCAAUUGCAGUUUUGUUCUGGAAAAGGAAUUAUUUUGCAAGCCCUUUUUGCUCCGCAUAUAUAAUCCGUGAAUUUACCGGGAAUAAAUUAAAACUGGCCUGGGACACCAUAUCGCUCCCUGCCAGCGCACGCAUAUGCGCUCACGCCAUUUCCACCAGUCCCGGCGGUCGAUACUUUGCUCUGCUGCCGGAGCCCUGUCCUCGAGACGACGUCGAGUCGAGCUACACCAUGGCCUACUAUAUGUUUGGCGAGAAAGUCCAAAUGUCCGAGGAUGGGCCGGUGAUACCCCCGGAUCACUCCGGGUUUCGAUACGCGAAGGAGUUUGUCUCCAUGGCAAACCAGUUGCUUGCGGACGGCAAGAUCAAGGUCCAUCCUCAGCAAGUGUGCGGCGGUGGCCUUGCGGGAGCACUCGAGGGCCUAGAGAUGAUGAGAGACGGCAAGGUGACUGGCAGCAAGCUGGUCUACCGGGUGGCGGAGACUCCUGGCCUAGAACCCCCCGACUCGACAUAA